AUGGUCCCUUGGCUGCGAUCCAUGAGGGUGUCUCCUCCUAACGCGGAGACGCCCGUAAACAUUCUAUCAAAGCUGCCUUUGGAGCUAUGGGCACUGAUUAUGAGCCAGAUACGGUAUCAAAAGGACCUACGAAACCUCUGUCUGGCCUGCAAAUACCUCAAUAACAUCGCUCUUCCAGUCCUAUACAACCAUGUAACCGUCAAGCAUCCUAAAUUCACUACAUAUCUCGGACUGAGUGGUACAUUAGCAGCCCAGAUUGAGCAGCUACCACUGCAACACUUAAAGCAUACAAAACAUCUCUCCUUUACCCAACCAGAGUUACUCCUGUUACCUUCGUCUCCGAGGAGUGGCAGUAGAGACACCAUCACAGCAGAGGAAUUCAAGAAGGGGAUUAUGAAGGCCAUAAGUACCCUAGCUCUAGCCAUUCCUCGGGACGGCCUACGCUCCUUCAGCUGGGACUUGGGGCCGUGUCUUCCCUGUGAAAUAUUUAGCAGUGAGCGCGGAUUGUUCACCAACCAACGGCAGAUCAAGAGUAUUAAUUUGGUUACUUGCGUGAUGCAUUAUGAGACACUUGACUUUCCGAUAGAUAUCUCCCACCUCCGCAAUCUCCGUUCAUUGACAUAUACAUCGCCGUGGUAUCCAGCAGAUCUCAAAUUGAUACAGAGGUUUCUCCAAUUGCGCCACCAACUCAGUACUUUGGAGUUACAAAUUGGCCCAAUAGCUCCAGAAAUUGCCAUUUUGGGCCACGACACCUUUGAUGUCAAGGACUUACUCUUGGGUAACCAGGAAGUGGGAGAGAGCCAACCCUUUUUCAACCUUGAAACACUAUCACUGAGGUUAUCUCUCAAUCACAUGGAGGCAGAUAUUGUAUCUGCACUGAAUCUUGACUGCCUACGCUGCGUGAAGCUACACAAUUGCAACGGAACGUCUAAUUUCCUUGAUGCUCUAAGCAAUUCUACCCAAUCUUUAAAAUUAGGGUCUUUUCAACUGACGUUUGCUCCAUCUCGCCCUGACGAUCAUAGAAGCCCCGAAAUUCUGUCUGCUGCUCUUGCAAGAUUCCUUAUGGCUUUUCAAACACUCGAAGAUCUCUACCUUUCGAUACCGCGUAUUUCCCUCAAAGCCAUUGAAUGCCGAACUAUUCAGAACCACUAUCCAGCGCUUCGCCGCCUGCUCCUUCAUGGCACCAUUCGGCUAGAAGACCCUUCAUCGUAUCCCGUGGAAAUUUCAGAUGACCUCUUUUAUGCCUUACUGACGGGAUGUCCGGUAGAGUGCCUCUCGCUGAGAAUGCAGCUCAGAAUACCAAUUGAGAAAUGGCAGAAGCUGUCUCCAAGACCGUCGUGCAAGUUGUUACAAAUUCGACGGGCAGGAUUUCGUGAGAAUAUAACGGACGAUAAUUCAGAGGGGGGCUUAGGUGAAUUAUCUUUUGGAGAAGGGAUGCGUUUGGACGAUGACGAUAUACCUACCGUGGAGAAUCUAAGGAAUUCGAAGAAGCCUACGAUCCUAUCUCUGCUUGAGUUUGCCGAAUGGGCAUUCAGUGAUGAUGGGCUGCCUAAGCUCCAGGUUCUUGUAUGGGGAACGUUCACUCGUGAAAUAACCUUUAUGAAUUCACAGCUGUAUUUCUGCAGAAGUGAAGACACAUUCAAGUCACUGACUCGGGCAGACCACUAUGCUUGGGAUAUUCUGCAUGAAAAUAUGGAUAUGUUGAGCUUUACAUACCCAGUUAUAUAA